UGCUCAAACUCAAACUCAAAAUAUUUUGGACUUUUCGGCUGUUUCAGCUGUCUCCUCUUCACCCUCUUCACCCAGCACUGACUCAUCUUUCUCGGGCAGCAGACGGGUGACAAACAAGCACUCCUGCAAUUUGGCUCUUCCUAAUUUUCUCUCGGCUGGAAAAGGAGGGGAAAUGAUGAUGGAAGAGCAAAGUUUUGACAGUUUGACUUUGAGCCAGGCCCUGCCGCUCAGCCAGGACUCCUUUAAAGAGCUGUGGGACAGUGUAGUAACUCCCUCGAUCUCCACCAUUCCAACGGUGACUGAUGUGCCUCAGGAAGAAUGGAUGAUGCUCACGAAUGAAGAAGUGCUGAAUGUGGGGUUUGAUGAGAAGCUGUUUGAGCUUCCACCGGAGAUGUCCACUACAGAGGGAGUUACUCCCCCCUCCUCCACCGUCCCGGUUACAACCGACCACCCAGGAGAAUUUGGCUUCCAGCUUCGCUUUCAAAAGUCUGGCACCGCCAAGUCCGUUACAUCCACUUAUUCGGAGCUUCUCAACAAGUUGUAUUGCCAGCUGGCAAAGACCAGCCCGGUUGAAGUGCUGGUGAGCAAGGAGCUUCCGUUGGGUUCAGUCCUCAGGGCCACAGCCGUUUAUAAGAAGACUGAACACGUGGCUGAAGUGGUCCGCAGAUGUCCCCAUCACCAGAAUGAGGACUCUGCAGAACAUCGCAGCCAUCUGAUCAGAGUGGAGGGCAGCCAGAGAGCUCAGUAUUUCGAAGAUCUGCACACAAAGAGGCAGAGUGUGACUGUCCCUUACGAGCCCCCACAGUUGGGUUCAGAGAUGACGACCAUCCUGCUGAGCUUUAUGUGCAACAGUUCCUGCAUGGGGGGCAUGAACCGCAGACCCAUCCUCACCAUCCUGACCCUCGAGUCUUCAGAGGGACUUGUUCUGGGCCGGAGGUGCUUCGAGGUGCGUGUCUGUGCUUGUCCAGGCAGGGACCGCAAAACUGAGGAGGAAAAUAGCGCCAAGUCGAAGAACGGCACCAAACAAACAAAAAAACGCAAGAGCGCCCCCUCGGCUCCGACUCCCGACAACACUUCUGUGAAGAAGUCCAAGUCGGCCUCCAGUGCAGAGGAGGAGGAUAAGGAUGUUUAUGUUCUGCAUGUUCGAGGUCGCGAGAGGUAUGAAAUGUUGAAAAAAAUCAACGAUGGUCUGGAAUUGCUGGACAAGGAGAGCAAAACAAAGGCCAAGUUGCCUGUCAAGCAUGAGUUUGCUCCACCGUCCAGCGGGAAAAGGCUCCUGCAAAGAGGAGAAAGGAGCGACAGUGAAUGAAACUUGUUGUCGAUAUCAUGAGAACAAUCGUCCUCCUUCCACGUCAUCGGGUUUAUUUCAGGCUUUUAUUUUAAAUCACCUCCUGUCUCAGUACUCCAGAAAACUAUGCUGCCUGAUUGUUCACUGUACUCUGUACUGUACAGUGUCUUGCUGUUUUUUAAGUUUGCAAAUAAAUAAAGGUUAAAAUAGAUGAUGCAUAGGAGUGCAGUUCACUGUAAGCAGUGCAACCUCCUCAUGCCCUCACUGCAUUUAAAGGUCCUGUGAGAUCUUAAACUUAGAUAUAUAUAAAUGGAAUUAGGAGGGACUGUAUUUUAUCAGUGUUGAUCUUGGCAGGGAUUUUCAUUUCGGUUGUAAUGAGUAAUUUUUAGAACUUACAUCAGCCAUGUUGACAUUCAUAAUUCAUUAAUAUAUGUCAAAAUAGUAAUUAUGAUCUCGAGAAGCAGCUUUGUAAAAUUAACAGAUACGUGGUUACAAAGGAUCAUAUGAUACGAGUCACUGCCAUUCGUUUAGAUUCACACUACCUCCAUUAAUGCUGCAGUAUUACUGUACCAGUAGCCCACGGGAGUUCAAAUAUUUACAUCCUGCCAAACUCUCCUUUAGGCUGUCAAUCGGACCAAAUGUUUCAGUUCAGCUCUGAGUAGGUGUCAUAUAUAUAAUUUUUUUGUGAAAAUGAACAGUAGAUAUCGGGCUGGCUGGAUCAACCAGAUUUUAGUAUUUGUAACUUUUAUAUACAACGCAGAGCAGAAACUGAUACUGCGAUAAGAGGAAUUUUGACAUAAAAAUAAAUGAAAUUUGGAUAAUAAAUUUGCAACAGAACACAUAUGGAUAUAAUGUAACAAGAAAAACACCUUUCAAGGAAUUAUAAGAUGCAGCCUCUCGGUUCAGAUACCAAAAACUACUACCGUUUGAACUGAUAAAAUGUGAUUGAUUAAUUUUUUCAUUUCCUCAGACCAUGCAAUUUUUGUCCCAUAAUCAGCACUUCACUUUAUGUGACAGUCAAUUUAACCACUUUUUCUUUUACACUGCCAUAAUGAAAUAUGAUUAAGGGUAUUUCUCAGUUUUAUUUCCGUUUCUUUAUUCAUUACUUUGGGAACGUAGUUUUGUAUAAGAGGUUUAUCUUUCUAUAUUUUUCAUUGUCGUUAUUUUUUUCAUGGCUUUUUUUGUACUGAUUUUGCAUUUUGUUACUCAAAGCUUUAAGCAAAAAAUAAAUACGU